ACAAAUGGAAGCCCGCAUGGGUCGGUCGGGUGAUAAUUUAUGCCACGGAGACAAGUCUUUGAACUUUUCUGAAUGCAUUUUGGAUAACCUGAACCCCAGUUAGCUUUUCUCCUCAUACAUUUUUUGGCUUCAAAACAACUGAAUAAAAUUCAAGUCACCAGCAGCUGCCAAGAGGCUCUGAUUUUCAGGAACUGCCAUUAUGGACACGUUGCGGAAAAAGUUUGCGGAACUGUUCCCCCAACAGCAGCAGCAGUCCAAGCUGAAGCCGGAAGAGGGCUCCAGGACCGAUGCCGAGGGCAUUAGGCUGCCUACCGAACCACAAAUCGACCCUUCACUGUACCCAAAGUGGUCGAGUCCGUCGCCCCAAGAAAAGGACCCACUAUAUCCGAGGGAGGCACCUUCGAACCGGCACCGACGGGACCGGCAGCUCAAGGAGGAGCAGCAGAAGAAGGCCCCCUUGGACAUAGACUACCAGAUGGAGUUUAUCAAUUUCGUGGACAGAAACGCUCCCAAGGGGUUCUCCAAGAGAUUCAUGGAGGUGCUGCCCUACCUGGAGUUGAGCUUCCUCUCCUGGCCGACCUUUUGGCUCUGGCGCGGCUACAACUGGCAGUUCAAGAGGAACUCCGAGAAACUGGGUGUCUACAUCCAUAGGACCUAUCAGCAGGCCAAGGCGAUGCAGUUUUGCAUUUUGGCCACUGGUCUCCUUGCGGUCUCCAUGAACCGGUCAGCUGCCCAGGUCCCCCUACAGAUAAAUAAAAUGGAUCACGACAUAGCCAAUCCCACUCCCGAAUCGGUUCCUCUUGCCCAGGGUAAGCCUUGA